GGUAAACUCGUUACGUGGAAUCCAGGGAAGAAAGAUAUCACAGUGUUUUAAACCCCCUUUGUCCCUUCUUUUGAGUAUCGUAUAGGUGUUUCCUGUAUUGAAGGUGCAAAGAUGGCAUCUCUCAAGAUCACGUCGCUACGGUUCGAGCACCAUCCCACCGGACUAGGCGUUUCUUCCUCAACUCCUCGUAUCUCAUGGCGCGUCGAAUCAGACCCUAUAGCGAAUAAUUGGCAGCAGACAUCAUACGAUAUCAAGAUCUCACGUGGCUCUGCGCCGGUCCAGGAAUUCCACAUCAAAAGCGCUUCAACGAUACUCGUUCCAUGGCCCGACACCCCUUUGACAUCAGGCGAAAGGGCCACAGUCGCCGUCAGAUCCCACGGAACCUCAGACGACGCCCAGUCAGACUCGAAAUGGUCCCAGGAGGCGACUGUAGAAGCCGCUCUGCUCUCCCGCGAUGACUGGAAAGCUACGCCCAUCACCGCGCCACCGCGGACAGCUUCACAUCCAGAUGAGCGGGGGAUUCGGCCGGUCCGAUUCCGCAAAGUCUUUGAAAGCCCCGAUUUAGAAAGCAGUGGCAAUGCCAAACUCUACAUCACCGCUCUUGGCCUAUACGAAGCUUAUCUGAAUGGCCAUCGUAUCGGAGACGAGUGGCUCGCCCCCGGCUGGACUGCCUAUCAACAUCGGAUCCAGUACCAGGUCUUUGACGUAGCGCAUCUCUUAAAGCCUGGUCAACGGAACGUUCUCGCGGUGGAAGUGAGUGAAGGGUGGUAUGCGGGCCGAGUUCUCUGGGGCGAGGGUUUAACCUGCUUUUACGGCGACCGCAUCGGCGUACUUGCUCAACUCGACAUCCACGACCAUGACAUGACAAAGCCAGCCUUGCAGCUUAUGACCGACGAGACUUGGGAGUGUCGCCCCUCACCAAUCGUCGGAAGCGACAUUUACGAUGGAGAGACAUACGAUCUCGGCCUCGAAGUUGACGACUGGCAUCACGACAGCCACAGCGAAUGGAUUCAUGUCGAGACACUGCCGUUUCCCAAGUCUGCGCUGGUUGCAUCCUCCUUCCCACCAGUCCGCACCACCGAGACCGUGAAACCCAUCAAGAUCUUCACAGACAUCAACGGCAAGACGCUCAUCGACUUUGGUCAAAACCUCGUCGGCAAACUUGUCAUCCCAAAGCUCGCAAAACCAGACGGCCAUCGCCUCACCAUCCGCCACGCAGAGGUCCUCGAAAAUGGCCAAAUCGGAACCCGCCCGCUCCGCGCAGCAAAGGCGACCGAUACAAUCGUCUUCGGAGGCGGUCGAGUCAUAGAGAAUUGGUCCCCUCACUUCACCUACCAUGGCUUCCGCUAUGUCGAGCUCGAUGGCUGGGAUGACGUGGACCUAGACUCCCUCUUCGCCGUCGUUAUGCACACGGACAUGCAGCGAACAGGCUUCUUCUCCUGCUCCAACGAAGACGUCAACGUGCUGCACCGCAACGUCGUUUGGAGCAUGCGCGGAAACUUUGUUUCUAUCCCUACGGACUGUCCGCAGCGCGACGAGAGACUAGGUUGGACGGGCGAUAUCCAAAUCUUUAGCCCGACGGCCUCGUUUCUAUACGACUGUGCGGGGAUGCUGAGCAACUGGAUGCGUGACGUACUAUUGGACCAGAAGGACGCUGGCGGUAUCGUGCCGCUCGUGGUGCCCAAUGUCAUGAAGGACGGGCCCUGGCCUUCGGUGCCACAGGCUGUGUGGGAUGACGUUGUUGUUCUGGUGCCUUGGACUUUGUAUAAGUGGUUUGGCGACGCGGGCGUCCUACAAGAGACAUAUCCUGGUAUGAGAGACUACCUCAAGUCUAUCAAGCGUGGUGACGAUGGUCUAUGGGAUCCUUCUCUCUGGCAGCUCGGUGACUGGCUUGAUCCCAACGCACCACCCGCCGAACCAGGUCUGGCUAGGACGGACGGCACCCUCGUCGCGGACGCGUAUCUGGUUCACGUCACAGGCAUCGUAUCCCAGAUAGCCAGCAUCAUCGACCUUCCAUCUGAAGCCGAGAACCUCGCCAGCGAGCACAAGCGCCUAAAGCAGCUCUUCCAGGACAAGUACAUAACCAAAGCAGGCUUCAUCGUCGCAGACUCACAAACGGCACUGGCACUAGCCCUUCUUUUCGACUUACACGACACCCCUGCCCAACGAGAAGCCGCAGCCGCAAGACUCGCGCGGCUGGUGCAGUAUUCUAAGUUUAGAGUCUCCACCGGCUUCGCUGGCACGCCCGUGAUACUUCACGCGCUGUCAGAGACAGGGUACGUCCAGCAUGCAUACCGCAUGCUCCUAGAGACGGGAUGUCCCUCCUGGCUGUACCCCAUCCGCAUGGGCGCCACCACAGUCUGGGAGAGGUGGGAUAGCAUGCUGGAGGACGGGACGAUCAACCCAGGCGAGAUGACGAGCUUCAACCACUAUGCGCUCGGCAGCGUCGCCAACUGGAUGCACGCCGGCAUCGGCGGGCUGUCGCCGUUCGAUGCCGGGUGGAAGAGCUUUCGGGUUCGGCCCCAGCUGGGAGGAGACCUACGGUACGCAAGCGUGGAGUUUUUGAGCCCGCAUGGCUUGAUCCGGAGUCGGUGGGAGAUUUGGGCGGAUGGGAGGUUCGCGUUGGAGGUGACGGUGCCGCUGAAUACGUCUGCUGUGAUUCAUUUGCCGAAUGGUGAGGAGGAGUUGACGAUUGGGUCCGGGUCUUAUGUGUUCGAGCUCGAUCUUGCUCCGGAACUGCGGGAGCGGAUGGCCGCGUGGCCGCCCAAGGCUCUGUUGACGCAAUUUGGACUAUAAUAUCAUAGUCCAUCUUGAAGUACCUAUAACAGAAGAUUCAAUGGUGUAUAUUUUGCAACGCAACCUUC